AUGGAGUGUGUGUUGAAUGUGAGGUUUUCCAUUAUCCUGAAUGGGAAGAAGAUCAGAUGGAUUGAAGCCUGCAGUGGAUUUCAUCAAGGCUGUCCAUUGUCACCAUACUUGUUCAUUAUGUGUGCUCAACUCCUUUCUAAUGCUUUGUUGCAAAGGGGUCAUAGUUUGGGCAUUCAGGUAGCUUCUAAGGGACCGAGAAUUACUCAUUUACUCUAUGUAGAUGACGUUCUUAUCUUCUCUCAAGCAAAUUGUAAACUGGCUAGACAUAUGAUGGAAAUUAUUGAGGAUUUUUGCAAGUGGACGGGUUUGAAGGUGAAUGCUAACAAGUCUCAAAUUUUAUUUGCUGAAGCCAUUGAAAGAGCUAGGAGGAAGAAGCUUACCCGAAUUCUCGGUUUCAAGGCUGUAAAUGAAUGGAAGUAUUUGGGUAUCAAGAUGUCUCUUAAAAGACUAAAAGUGGCUGAUUUUCAAGACCUUUUGGCUCAGGUUUUGGAGAGAUUAAAUGUUUGGGGAAAGAAAAACUUAUCUUUGGGAGGGAGAAUUGUGCUCUUGAAAUCCUCUUUACUAACUUUACCAAAUUUUGUCAUUAUGCAUUCGGUGGUUCCUAGAAAAGUGCUGCAGGAGAUUGAGAAGUUAUGCAGAAAUUUUGUUUGGCACAAAUCUAAUGGGGAAAGAGGAUUACACUAUGUUGCUUGGGAAGAAUUGUGUAAGCCUAGAAGUGCUGGUGGUCUUGGUUUACAAUCUUGUAUCAUUAAGAGUGGCACAUUGAAAGCUAUAAUUUCUUUAAAUUACAUUCAAAAUCUUGAUUCUUUGCUGCAUCGUUCUCUUAAUGCCAAAUAUUCAGAUAAUAUUUUGGAUGGUACAUAUAAGCACAACUUUUCUAAUGCUUGGAAGAUUAUGUCUGAAGGAGGCAACGUUGAUUUAGAAGGUAAGAAAGUACAGCAGUUGUUAACUAAUGAUGGAAGGUGGGAUGAUGUGAAAUUUAGAUUGUUUUUCCAUCAGGAUUUGGCUUGGCUAAUCAAGAAAGUUAAUGUGGACAGAGACGGUGGAAGGGAUAUGCUGGAACCAUGUAAGAAGCUAUCGGGUUGUUCUGUUUCAUCUUUGGCUUUUAAAGCUGCAAUGAACAAGAGAUACAAUGCUAAGGAUAAUGGUUUUUAUGAUUGGCAAAGGAAGCUUAAACUCAAUGUUAAGGUUGAGUUGUUUUGGUGGAGGCUAAGUAAGUUUGCAAACCCCUCUAAUUCUUUCCUUAAAUUCAGAAGAUUGGCGAUAAGUGAUUCUUGUGUUAGAGGCUGCUACGAGGCUGAAAAUUAUAAGCAUAUUGUGAUUCGAUUGGUCAAAGUUAAUGUUGACUCUUCACUGCUUUCUAAUUACCGGGCUGGUAUUGGUGGCAUCUUCAGAGAUUGGAAACGAAGAAUGCUCCUUGCUUUUGGAAGAAAUUCUUUGCAUUGGGACAUUGCUCAAUUGGAGAUGGAAUAUAUUCUUGCUCUUCGGGAUUUCAUUCAAGGAUGGAUGCUUGAGACUGUUGGUAUCAUCAUUGAAAGUGACAACAUCAAUGUGAUUAACUACAUUCAACAAUCUAUGAAGAAGACUGAUUGGCACUUGGAGGAGAGCUUGAAUAAUAAGCUUUUCUUUCUUAAUGACUUUAAUAAGAUUGUUUUUCACCAUGUUAGUAGGAAUUGUAACAAAGUAGCUGAUUUUUUUGCUACUUUGGCAUUAGAUGGCAAUUUCUUGUUUGAUAGUUCUUCUUUUGGUAGUAUACCGUCCACCUUGCUGGAUUUAAUCAAGAAGGAUGGCUACCCUUUUAUCUAUUGUAAGUAG